AGACUUCGAAAUGGGGAUAAUGUCCGUAUUUAUUGCUACGGCAUGUUUGACAGUGUUCUGUGUAACCUCUCAAAACUCUGACAACUUGCCUCGACUUAUUGCGCAUAAAGAAGUGUUAAACAGCCUGAUCUUCCAAAAUAAACAACUGAAUGUCAAGUAUUCCAUCUUCAAUGUGGGUUCUGGAUCGGCAUUUGAUGUUGAACUUCUGGACAAUACUUUUGCGAUGAGCGACUUCAAAAUAGCAGCCGGCUUGACCAAGGUCAAGUAUGAACGAAUCGGUCCCGGCAGCAAUGUCUCCCAUUCGGUAGUGUUGAUUCCACAAAACCCUGGUCGGUUCAACUUCACUUACGCCCAGGUAUCCUACUCUUCGCAGCAGCAGAUAGGAAAGAACCCCCAAAUAGGCUACACCAGUGCCCCAGGGGAAGUGGUUGUGUACUCACUGGCAGAAUACGAGCGGUAUUUCACAGCUCACGCCAAAGACUGGCUCUACUUUGCUGGCAUGAGUUUGCCUUGUAUUCUGAUGCCGGGCUUCUUCUGGUAUAGAAGCUACGCUAAGUACUGCGUGAAGAAAUCGAAGAGUGCAUAGAAAUCAUUAAAUGAUUAAUUUCGUGUGGAACCUUUCUCCUUUUAAAUCAAUAAUGCAGUAAAAAGAAAACAAGAACAACUGGUGUAUCAAAAUUUUCUUCCUAAAAUUAUCAAUUGAUUGAAAAACAACGCUAGUUUAACGAAGCAAGACUUAUGUUUUCGAUUACCAUAAGAAUAUUUGAAGAUAAAUUAAAGUCUUUCCAUGUGAAACACUUACUCUCAUGUGGUAAAAAAAAAUUCUCUCAUGUACAUGAAAUUGGCCGUCGUGUAAAAAGUACCUUUUUUGGUGAGAAGUAAACGAUUUACAGACGAACUGGGGGGUUUAAAGGAGAAAGUAUCAAUACAUGUGUUUAAAAAUUUAAGCCUAUCGUUUGCUUCAUCGUACAAAUUAAAGGAUAUUGAGUUUCGGUUUGAACUGAAAUUGCUAUCUUUUUUGUUGUAUUUGACCAAAUGUAAUAGAUAUGGUUGAGGUAUUGUGUAAAUAGUUUUUGCUUUCAUUCCUUUGAUAUAUUUAAUUAUUGUUAUAAAAAUAUCUUCCUUAUGGUGGCAAUCAGUGUUACAACUGAGGUAAGUGCGGUAAUAAAAUAUUAUGUUCUCCAAGUGUUGUAAAACUAUCAAAGUGAUAUUUGAUAUUAUUUCGAUUUUUGUUGAUUGACUUGGCAUAACUUGAAAAUUGAUGUUGGUAUGUGGCGUAAAUACAUGGAAGGCAAUUAUUGUAUUUGGAUUGUUAUCAUUGAGUUUAUACUGCUGAAUAGAUUAUUAUUGCUCGG